CUGUAGGGCCAUUAAGGCACCCCCAGCCCCAACUUCUCUUUAGGAUCCCUUCAAGCCUUACCCGGGAUUGCUGCGGUUUUCUGCUGGCGCCUCUGGUCUCCACGGCCGCGCCGCCCCCCCCCCCCCCGGCAACUCACCACACUAAUGGCUCAGCCUGGGCCCCCAGGGACCUUCCCUGCCCCCCAGACUGCUCCGCGGGCCCCCGGCCCCCACACUGCUGUAACCCAAUCCUCUGCGGCAGCUCCAGCUCAGCAGAGCAGCCUCCAGCACAGCAGCCCCUGCUUUCCACACCAGCUGGGCCCUACCUGGUCUCUCCCGCCGAGCCCCAGGAGCCCCAGUCCGGCGCUGAGCCUAGUGGAACCCCAGCUUGCUCCUGGAGACCAUCGAGCCAAGCCUGCUGCACCAGGGCCUCCCCACUUCUCGCCUGGUCACCACUCCCCGACCCUCUCAGUGUCCCCCGCCCCGGGCCUCGGCAUGAAGCCCCAUCCCGGGCCAGAGGAGGCUCGGCGGCCGGCCUCAGACAUCUGCGUGUUCGCCAGCAGCUGCACCCUGCACGGGCUGGGCCACAUCUUUGGCCCCGGGGGCCUGACGCCUCGCCGAGGGCUGUGGGCCACCGCCGUGCUCCUGUCGCUGGCCGCCUUCCUCUACCAAGUGGCUGAGAGGGUGCGCUACUACGGGGAGUUCCACCACGAGACAGCCCUGGACGAGCGUGAAAGUCACCGGCUCACCUUCCCCGCUGUCACCCUGUGCAACAUCAACCCGCUGCGCCGCUCGCGCCUCACACCCAACGACCUGCACUGGGCCGGGCCGGCACUGCUGGGUGUGGAGCCCGCUGACCAUGCCGCCUUCCUGCGUGCCCUGGGUCAGCCCCCUGCACCACCCGGCUUCAUGCCCAGUUCCACCUUCGACAUGGCUCGACUGUACGCCAGGGCUGGGCAUAGCCUGGAGGACAUGCUGCUGGACUGCCGCUACCGAGGUUGGCCAUGCGGGCCUGAGAACUUCACCGUGAUCUUCACCCGGAUGGGUCAGUGCUACACCUUUAAUUCUGGCGCCAAUGGGGCAGAGCUUCUCACCACUCCCAAGGGCGGCAUGGGCAACGGGUUGGAGAUCAUGCUGGAUGUGCAACAGGAUGAGUAUCUGCCCGUGUGGAGGGACAUGGAGGAGACCCCGUUUGAGGUGGGGAUCCGAGUGCAGAUUCACAGCCAGGAGGAGCCGCCCACCAUCGACCAGCUGGGCUUCGGGGCAGCCCCUGGCUACCAGACCUUUGUGUCCUGCCAGCAGCAGCAACUGAGCUUCCUGCCACCACCGUGGGGCGACUGCAGCUCCGCAUCUCUGGACCCCGACUUUGAGCUGGAACCUUCGGAUCCCCUGGGUCCCCCCAGCCCCAGCCCCCACUCUCCCUAUAGUCUAAUGGGGUGUCGUCUAGCCUGUGAGACGCGCUAUGUGGCUCGAAAGUGCGGCUGCCGAAUGAUGCAUAUGCCUGGCGGCGCGCCAGUGUGCAGUCCCCAGCAGUACAAGGACUGCGCCAACCCGGCGCUCGACGCCAUGCUGCGGAAGGACGCGUGCACCUGCCCCAACCCGUGCGCCAGCACGCGCUACGCCAAGGAGCUCUCCAUGGUGCGGAUCCCGAGCCGCGCCUCCGCCCGCUUCCUGGCCCGGAAACACAACCGCAGCGAGGCCUACAUCGCAGAGAACGUGCUGGUGCUGGACAUCUUCUUCGAGGCCCUCAACUAUGAGACAGUGGAGCAGAAGAAGGCCUACGAAGUGUCGGAACUGCUUGGUGACAUUGGGGGCCAGAUGGGGCUGUUCAUCGGAGCCAGCCUGCUCACCAUCCUUGAGAUCCUGGACUACCUCUGUGAGGUGUUCCGGGACAGGGUCCUGGGAUACUUCUGGAACCAAAAGCACUCCCAAAGGCAUUCUAGCACCAAUCUGCUUCAGGAAGGGCUGGGCAGCCACCGAACCCAAGGUCCCCACCUCAGCCUGGGCCCCAGGCCUCCCACACCUACCUGUGCUGUCACCAAGACUCUGUCUGCCUCCCACCGCACCUGCUACCUCGUCACACGGCUCUAGACCUGAUGUCUGUGUCUUCAGGGCUGCACCCUCACAUCCAGGACGGGCCCUGCCUGCUCAUGUCUCUGCCAUCUUCACCCCAAAUAAAGUUCUAGUGCCUCA